AUGUAGUACCGUUCUUCUUCUUCUUGAGGAUUAGAUCUCCUUGGUCCAUAUCGCCCCCUACGGUCCAGGAAGCCACAAAGGCAUUUGGCAAGCAAUCAGAAUCAAAUUUACAAUAUUGGCCACGUCUGCAAAAACACAAAAGAAAUUUCCUUUCGCAGUUACAACCCCUCAAGAGGAACAUUUAACAUAACAAUGAGCAACAUCGAGCGGAAAACUUGGCGGUUCACCAACAUCUUAGAUUUUAUUCUCUGAUAUCUUCGAUGUGAAAAUUAAAAUAUUAGCUACAGACGUUAUCUACAUGAGAUGAACAACAAAGGAACCCCGAGAGUUGUUUUUUCUUAGGUGGACUGUUUUUUUUUUAGGUGAAAGUUGAGAGCCACUUCAGUCGGAGGUUUGUCAUUCUUAUUCUGCAUCAUCACACCAGUAGAUGGCGCCCUUACGUUUCGUUCAGGCCUUUUGCUGUGUUGGCUUUUUUUUUGUUUGUUUUUAAGCGUCAUGUGACCGGAAGUAAAGCGUCAACACUAGUUAGCGAUCGAUUUUGACAAUGAUUCUCCCUGCUCUUAGCUGACAUUGGGAAACGAAAUCGGGUUUAUUGUUUCCCUUUGACAAUGGCGGGCCCUCUGCUGGAGUUUGAGACCGAAAUGUUUCUCAGCCUGUUCAGCUGUGACGGGCUGCUAGUAGUGGCGGAGGGGAUGGGAAUAGACCGCAUCCUGAUGCAGUUCAUGCGGGUGUACUCGGAACAAGGCAGCCUGGUUUUACUACUAAACACUACCACCCCCGAGCAGGAAUAUUUCACGGAGCAGUUGCGAGUGGAGGGUGUGACCCACUUGCCGAGGACGGUGACCAGCGAGGUCCAAGGCACCGAGCGAUACAACGUGUACACCGAGGGAGGGGUGCUGUUUGUCACCAGCAGGAUCCUCGUGGUCGACUUUCUUACCGACCGCAUACCUGCCCACCUUAUAUCAGGCAUCCUGGUGUACCGUGCUCACAAAAUAAUCCAAUCGUGUCAGGAAGCGUUCAUCCUGCGACUUUUCCGACAGAAGAACAAGACCGGCUUCAUUAAAGCCUUCACGGACAAAGCCGCAGCUUUUUCCACGGGUUUUUGCCAGGUGGAGCGUGUGAUGAGGAACCUCUUUGUCAAGAAACUCUACCUUUGGCCCAGGUUCCAAGCGUCAGUAAACACAGCCCUAGACAGACACAAGCCCGACGUGGUGGAGCUCCAUGUGUCACUGACGCCUUUCAUGAGGGCCAUCCAGAGUUCCAUCCUGGACAUCAUGGGCGCCUGUCUGAAGGAGCUGAAACGUUACAAUCCCACCUUGGAGGCGGAGGAUCUCUCGUUGGAGAACACCCUUAGCAAUGCCUUCGAUAAGACCAUACGCCAUUACCUGGACCCCUUGUGGCACCAGCUGGGAUCAAAGACCAAGGCGCUGGUCCAGGACCUAAAGGUGCUGAGGGUUCUGCUGCUGUACCUGACCCAAUACGACUGUGUCACAUUCCUCAAUCUGCUCGAGUCCCUCCGCUCCAGCCAAAAGAACUUCGGCUCCAACUCAGGCUGGCUCUUCUUGGACUCCAGUACGUCCAUGUUUGUGAACGCCAGGUCCAGAGUGUACCACAUCCCGGAAAAUAAGAAGAAACUUAAAGUUGGAGCCGAAGCAGAGAAAAAACAGAUACCCUCCGUCUCAGAGGUGAAGCGAGUACUGGUGCUGGAGAAGAGCCCAAAGUGGGAGGCUCUGACCGAGGUCCUGCAGGAGAUUGAGAAGGAGAACAAGAACUCUCAGAAUGAACCAGGUCGCGUGCUGAUCUGCGCCAGCGAUGACAGGACUUGCGCUCAACUGCAGCAGUACAUCCGGCACGGCGCAGAACGGCUCCUGAACAGACUGUACGCCCGCACCAUCGGCAAACAAAACCCAUCCGCCGCCUCUGCUAUUGAGUGGGCGAAACCUAAAAAAGACAAGGGUCUUCUCAAAGGCGGGUCCAAGGGAAAAGGCCGCGGGAAAGCGAGAGAGAUGAAAAAAAAGACAACCAAGGCGAAAAGCGGACCCUCUCUGACCCUGACUCAGAUGGUCGGCAAAGAGCAGACUUUUGAAACGGCGGUCAUGGGCAGCAGUGAGGAUGAGGAUGACUUUGGCGACGAAGACAAGAUGGUGGAGGAAGACGCUCUGAAGCUGGAUUUGUCAUCUGACGCUUACUAUGCGGUUCUGAAGGAGCCCCUGAUGGUCAUUCACCCCCUGAGGGGCUGCACGGACCCUCACAGUCUAACACGGGUGCUCCACGAAGUGGAGCCCACGUUUGUGGUGCUUUAUGACGCCGAAGUCAGCUUCGUGCGACAGCUGGAGCUCUACAAAGCCUGUCGACCCGGCAAGCCGCUCAGGGUGUACUUCCUCAUCUAUGGCGGCUCAACAGAGGAGCAGAAAUACCUGACCGGGCUGUCGAAGGAGAAGAAAGCCUUUGAGCAUCUCAUUAGGGAAAAGGCGACUAUGGUCAUCCCAGAGGAGAGGGAGGGCCGAGAAGACACCAAUUUGGACCUUGUUAGAAAUUUAGAGCCCGCUAAUGCCACCACCAACACUCGCAAAGCUGGAGGCCAAGAGCAGCCCGAAGAGUCCUCGCGAGUCAUCGUAGACAUGCGUGAGUUCCGCAGCGAGCUCCCCUCGCUGCUCCACCGCCGCGGCCUCGACAUCGAGCCCGUCACUUUGGAAGUCGGCGACUACAUCCUGACGCCGGAUAUUUGUGUGGAGCGCAAGAGCGUCAGCGAUCUGAUUGGCUCGUUGCAGAGCGGUCGCCUCUACACCCAGUGCCUCGCCAUGAACCGCUAUUACAGGAAACCUGUUUUGCUCAUCGAGUUUGACCCGGCGAAGCCUUUUUCACUCAUGGCCCGCUCCGACUUCCGCCGCGAGAUCUCGUGCAACGGCGUUUCUUCCAAACUCACCUUGCUCACGUUGCAUUUCCCGCGUCUCCGCAUCCUCUGGUGCCCGUCGCCGCACGCCACGGGCGAGCUUUUUCUGGAGCUGAAGAAAGGUCGAAAAGAACCGGACGCCGCAGCGGCUCAAGCAGUCACGGCCGAAUCAGACACGGUGGCCGAAUCGACAGAGCUCUACAAUGCCGGGCCAUACGACUUCUUGCUCAAGAUGCCGGGAGUCAACACGAAAAAUUUUCGAGCGCUCAUAAGAAAUGCUGACAGCUUGGCAGAUCUCGCCAAACUGAGCCAGGACAAGCUCACAGAAAUACUCGAGAAUGCCCAUAAUGCCAAAUUGCUCUAUGAGUUUUUGCACAAUGUUGCAGAUGUUCAAGCUCCAGCGCAGAGAAGCAAAUAAGAUCAAUAGAGAUUUUUUUUUAAAAUAGAUUUUUCAAAAUAAUGGAAAGUAUUUUUGUGCAAUUAUAUUGAAUAAACCGAAGUAUUCAGCUGUUGAAUACAUUUUAAAGCUCUUCAAAACCAUGGGAAAAAAUAAAUAUAGAUUUUUUUUUUAACAUUA